AUGGCCGCCUCAGAGACAACAGAACUCAAGGCGCAAUGGAAGGCCGAUACGGACCUGCCUGAAUACUCAAUGCAGGAUGUCGCGGCACACAACUCCAAGAAUGACACAUGGAUCGUCAUUCAUGGGCAAGUCUUCGAUAUCACCGAGUAUCUCCAGGACCAUCCCGGUGGCGCAGAGAUUCUGGUCGAAGUCGCCGGUAAGGACGCGACUGCGGAUUAUGAGGAUGUUGGUCACUCUGAAGACGCUCGCGAGAUCAUGCAGCCCUACUUGAUCGGCGUUCUCAAGGAUGCGCAGCAAUUUGUGCGACCCAAAGCUGUGCGCGUCGUCUCACAAUCGACCCCAGAGGCUCCCAAGUCAUCCUCAUCAAUAGUCGGUCCCGUCGCUAUUGUUACCGGCACGUUAAGUGCAAUCCUGCCCGCCUUGUACAUCUACAGGUCCAACUCCCACCUCUCCCACCGACUGUCAAGCUCAGUCGCUCAUCUGAUCCCCCGCCAACUGAAGGGCGUGCACCUGCCCCGUGGCGGCUUCGUGAAUGGCUUCCUCGCCGCCAGUCUGAUCAGCGGUGUCGUGGGCUUCUACGCUGCUAAGCAGCUUAACCGUUUCACCAAGAUUGAAUCCAACUUCAUGCGAUACCCCCCACGCAUCAAGGCGAAGAAGGUCAUCCGGGCCGAUCCCCAUUUGAUCCGCGGCUUCCUCCAACCCCAAACCUACCAGGAUUUGCCUCUGAUCGCCAAGGUGCCGCUGUCCCCCAACGUCUAUCGCUUCGUCUUCGGUCUGCCCGACGCCAACGCCGUCCUCGGUCUGCCGAUCGGCCAACACGUCGCCCUCAAGGCCGAAGUCAACGGCACCACCGUGACCCGCUCCUACACUCCUACCUCCAACAACCUGGACCGCGGCCGCGUCGAACUCGUCGUCAAGUGCUACCCGGACGGCCUCAUGAGCCAGUACCUUGCCGGCCUUGAGAUCGGCGACAGGGUACCCUUCCGUGGCCCCAAGGGCUCCAUGAAAUACACCAAGGACAUGGCCACCCACAUCGGCAUGGUCGCCGGUGGCACCGGCAUCACCCCGAUGUACCAGCUGAUUCGGGCGAUUUGCGAGAACGACAACGACACCACCCAGAUCAGCCUGGUCUACGCGAACCGCACCGAGGCGGAUAUCCUGCUCCGUGAGGAACUGGAUACCUUUGCGCGCAGGUAUCCCAACAACUUCAAGGUCUGGUACAUGCUUGAUUCGGCGCCCCAGGGCUGGGCAUAUGGCGAGGGCUUUGUGAAUGCCGAUGUUCUGCGCGAGCGCAUGCCUGCGCCGGGUGCGGAUAACAAGAUCUUGCUGUGUGGUCCUCCUGGUAUGAUUGGUGCUACCAAGAAGAAUCUGGCUACAUUGGGCUUUAAGACUCCUGGGUCGGUGUCGAAGAUGAGUGAUGAGGUGUUUUGUUUCUAG